UAUAUAUAUAUAUAAAAAAAAUGAAUCAGACACAGGGAAACUAGGUCACGAAAGCAGGAAUUGGUGCUGCCUAUUUCUUCGGCCUUUGAUGUCUGUGCCAUUUACAGAAUUUCCAACAGCGCCAUGUUGGGGGAGAACAUCCGGAAGUUCACCACAUCUGUGGUCUGUAGGAGUUACUGUGAGGAGGGCCCAGGGAAGAAUUUGCCAUUUUCAGUGGAAAAUAAGUGGCGGCUACUAAUUAUGAUGACAUUGUACUUUGGGUCUGGAUUUGCUGCACCUUUCGUUAUAGUAAGACAACAACUGCUUAAGGAAUAAGGAUCUUUAAGUUCAUCUGUGAAACAGAUAAGAAGAGCUUUUUAAGAAGGCCAGCCUCUGAGAAAUGGAUCCAACUCUGUUGAACUCAUAUAGCGUGCUAGAUAUCUUCCUAAAUAAACUUAUUACGUGUCCAAGAAAAUAAUUAAAAAAGAAGAAGAAAUGAAUCAAAUGACCAUCUCAGGAAUAGAGAAUCUAUGAUCAUUCAACUCAUUUAAAUAAACCGCCAUAGGAAUUAUAAUUAUGCUAUAGAAUGUGAAUAUUACAAACCUGGGCAAUAUAAAAACAUUAUAACAGAAAUUAGGCAGUGGCGGGGAAAUGAGAAACGAGUAUGAGGACAUCAGUGCUCUUGUCUUUCGAUAUCUAAUCUUUCAAUAGAAGUUAAAAUUGAAAUGUAGUGAUAAAACUAACCCCUUAUUUCUUUAUUUUUAAUAAUUUCUCUUUUUUAUAACCUUAGUGAUCUUUACUCUCGUGGGUGAAGAAACAUUUAUUUGAAACUCCACAACUCCUUUAUACUCAUUGUAAUUU